AUGACUGAGCAGGAAAAAUGUGGUGAGGCUUCUUUACGUAUUUCUUGGACUCUGGCUAAGCAUAUGAAACCAUUUACUGAUGCUGACGUAGUUAAAGAAUGCUUUCUUGAGGCGGGUAAUGCUUUAUUUGAGAACAAAAAGGAUGUUGUUGAGACGAUACGACGGAUCCCGUUAUCUGCUUCUACUAGCACUAGAAAUACACACGUUUUGGCAGAAGAAAAUCAUUUUGAUUUGAAACGGCAGUUAAAUAAUGCAAACUAUUAUUCCUUGGCUGUGGAUAAAUCAUGCGAUGUCACUGAUACGGCACAGUUAAUUAUUUUUGUACGCUACCUGGACAAAACGAGAGAAACUUUUUUUGAGGAGAUAUUGGCUCUCUUGCCGCUCUUAGGAAGAACCCGAGGAGAAGACAUGAUCAAAGCAGUGAUGGAUUAUUUUGAAAAAGAUGAGUUAGACUUGAAGAAGCUCUUAUCGGUAACUACUGACGGUGCGCCAGCUAUGGUUGGGAGUAAAAAAGGACUAGUUCACCUGUUGAGAAGCAAUGAGAGAUGUAACGAAAAUUUGAUUUCCUACCAUUGUAUUAUUCAUCAAACUGUGCUUUGCUGCAAACUCAAUCAUAAUUUUGAGCGUAUUAUGCAAGAAGUGAUGAAAAUAGUAAAUUUUCUUCGUGCUAAAUCAUCAUUGCAACACCGUGAAUUGAAAUCAUUUCUUGAAGAAGUUGAUGCACAAUAUGACGAUCUACUGUUGCAUAAUAAUGUGAGAUGGUUAAGUAUAGGUUGCGUUUUAAAAAGAUUCUUCAGCAUUUUAGAACACUUGAAGACAUAUCUUUCUAACAGUGAUCAGACUUCAGCAAACGCUUACUUAAGUUUUCUAAACGAAAAAGAAAAUGUUGCUGUCAUUGCUUUCUUAACUCAUACUUUUAAACAUAUCAAUGACCUGAACCUUAAACUUCAAGGCAAGGGAAAGCUAUAUAGUAUGAUAUGCGAGCUCAUGUCAGACGUCAAAAGUUUUUCUCGAAAACUUGAUCUCUUUAUUAAUGAUCUUGGAAAUGAAUGUCUACACUUCCCCAAUUUAAGUAAAAUAAUCAGCAGUGAUAACGAGACUGAUGUCGGCCGAUUCAAGACGUUCAUUACGGAUCUUAAAUCGGAAUUUCAAAAAAAGGUUUGCAGAUUUUAA